CUUAAUACUAAAAAUAGAUCAAAAACGUCAGGCGAAUUAGAACCGUGAACGAUGAACCGGAACGAUAUGGUCCUGUCCGGUCCACCCUUAUCAAACUCGAACCGGUUGUCCGCUGUCAUGUCUGCUUUAUGGAUUCGGUGUCCGAUGGUGACGCUGACGGCGAAUUGUGUACGCAUAAGGCUUUUCCCUGUCACUCUGUAUAUUACAAAAAGCAAAGACGCUUGGCAUUUAACAACAAUUGCUCAGAAAUCGACAGCGUUCCUCUUACACGGUGGUAUGGUACACUCCUUUGUUAUCGGCGAAUUUGACAGUUGAGUCGAGGGUCCUCAUUCGCACCAAGAGAAUGGAGAAGCAGCAGCUGCUCAAAGAUGGAGCUGACGAAAUUCCUUCUUCUCACCGGAAAGUCUCAGCCCUUAACUGCGUCGAUCUCUCCUGCCCUGAUAUCCAACAAUCUGUUUCUUUACUCAAACAGGCUUGUUUGGAUUGUGGAUUCUUUUACGUGGUGAAUCAUGGAAUAAGCCAAGAAUUCAUGGACCAGGUUUUCUCGGAGAAAAAGAGAUUUUUUGAACUUCCAUUAGCUGAAAAAUUGAAGGUUCUUAGGAACGAGAACUAUCGAGGCUACACUCCUGUCCUGGACGAGCUUUUGGAUCCUGAUAAUCAAGUACAUGGAGAUUACAAGGAGGGAUAUUACAUUGGAGUCGAAGUGCCUGAAGGUGACCCUCAAGCAGAGAAGCCAUUUUAUGGGAAAAAUGUUUGGCCAGCAGCCGAUCUUUUGCCUGGCUGGAGGCAAACCAUGGAGAGGUUUCAUAAGGAGGCAUUAGAAGUCACAAGAGCAGUUGCAAGGAUCAUAGCACUUGCGCUUGAUCUGGAAGCUGAUUUUUUUGAUAGGCCUGAAAUGCUCGGCCAGCCAAUUGCAAUCAUGCGCUUGCUACGCUAUGGAGCUCAGAUUUCUGAUCCCACAAAGGGAAUAUUUGGAGCAGGAGCUCAUUCUGACUAUGGUUUGAUUACCCUUUUAGCCACAGAUGAUAUCUAUGCUCUCCAAAUAUGCAAGGAUAAGAAUGCUCAACCUCAAGUUUGGGAAUACGUAGCACCGUUAAAAGGAGCUUUUAUAGUGAAUCUUGGUGAUAUGCUGGAGCGCUGGAGCAACUGUAUUUUCAGGUCCACACUGCAUAGAGUUGUAGCGAAUGGUCAAGAGAGAUAUUCUAUAGCAUAUUUCGUGGAACCUAGUCAUGAUUGUGUUGUUGAAUGCUUGCCCACCUGCAAGUCAGAAAAAAAUCCUCCCAAGUUUCCUCCAAUCAAAUGUGGGACUUACCUCAGUCACCGCUACAAGGAUACUCACUCUGAUUUGAAUACAUACAAAGAACAUCAAGCUUGAGCCAAGAAAUUAAGAUUUGAUAGGAAUACGAGGAGCUGACAAUCAUACGGUGCACUUUCCUUGAAAGUUCUGUGGUAUUUGUAUAUAGGGCUCUCUAUAAUUUUUCUUUCUAGUUUAGUUUAUAGAAGAUCAAUAAUCAAUGAUAAAAAGUGAUGGUUAUAUUUGGUGUCUAGACAUGAAAAAUGACUGUCCAAAUUUGUUAUCUGUAUAUCAAUAAUAAAAGAUAGAUUUACUUUAUUGCCA